UGGGAACAUGCAAGAUGAAUACUCCAAGUCAUUCAAAUACCAUAUACGACCAAACAACUCCAAGGAUAUAGAUGGAAUGUUUGCAUAUGAGCUUCACAAACUAGAUCAGCAAGGAAAUCCUAUUGAUAAGAGGAUUGUUAUGGUUGACUUUGUGGAGCGUAAGCUGAUUUGCUCAUGCAAGAUGUUCGAGAAGUGUGGAUGGCUUUGUCGCCAUGUGUUGCGCGCAAUAGAUCACCUCGGCUAUGGGGGACACCCAGAAAUCCUGAAUAUUCACACACGCUACAUCUUAAAGAGGUGGACAUAUGAUGCAAAAUCAGGAGAUUUCACACUACCGGCAAUACAAGAUACAACAGAGAGGGUGUACUGUUCAAGGGUGAAACAACUUACUGGAUCCAUGAAUUUGCUUGCAACACGCAUUUGUAUGGAUGAUGACAUAUACAAGAUGCUUGAGGAAGGAAUGCAAGAAUUGAAGAUUCGUGCUGAAUCCAUGAUGCCUGCCAUGAAGUUUGGCCAGCCUAGCACAAGCACGGAAGCAGAAUUGAAUCCAACAAGUUCAGAGAGUGAACCACAUUGGGCGAAAGCAUUAAAAGUCAGGACUGAUCCAUUUAAAUCAAGGACAAGGAGGAAGAAUCGUAUUGAAAUCAUUCGAGAAAAGAGAAGACAAACAAAGUUACAAGAAAGGGCAGCUGAAGGAAAGUAAAUACAUGAUACCUGCCAUGAAAGUAAAUACAAGCAGCAGAAAUGGAAACAAAGUGACAAGGAGAAGGAGGAAGAUUCGUAGUGAAAUCAUUCAAGAAAGGAGAAGACAAACAAAGAAAGGAGAAAUACUUGCCAUAUCAUAUAUUACUUGAUAGAUAUAUAGAUAAAUUUGAGUGAUUGCAUAGAUACACAGAU